ACGUUGCAUGAGACCAUCAAUGUUGGCCUUUUCUCAUACAUUAGGAUGCUGAGAUUGAUCACCAAACACAUUGACACUAGUUAUAGAGGUCAAUGCAGACCAGGAAGAAAGGGUCUCUAUAGAAGUUGACUGGUUUCAGGAGAACGUCACUGUCAUGACCUUUGGCCUGGGAAUUCCUGGAGCCAUCAAAGGACCACUGGGGAAAGUCGGAUACCGAGCAGGGAUGACAAGAGAGAGUUCUGGUCUUACAUCUCACAUUCUG